AAUUUUAAUUUUAAUUUUUUUUUUCUUUACAGUCCGAUGACAAAACGUUGAUCUACUGUGUUGCGCAUUGCUCUGUUGACCUAGUGUUCGCUUUUAAACUACUCACUUCGUCAGUUUAGGAUUUGCUAUUUGUAAGUGCUCACUUCCUAACUGUAUAGAAACAAGAAGAGUAUUUCUCAUUUCAUUAUUUUUCAAUUUUAUGCUUGGUUGAUUCAAAAAUCAACCUUCUAUUGUUUGACUGACUAGGAUGGCCGAUUUGCUUCACUUGCAUUCUCCUGCGGCAUCAGAAGUCGAUGCUGAUGAUGACUAUUAUUCUAGUGAAUUGGAUGAUGAUUUAAAAGAAUCCAUCGAGCAAUUGGAACAAUUGUUAUGUCUAGUAAUAUUUCCCAUUGCUGGCAAGUUUUUAGGAAGAAAAUUCGCUUUUCAUGUCUGGGCUCGCUGGUUAGAUCGUCGUGGAAUCGUUUAAUUGUCGUGUCUGUACCAUUGAUGAUUUAGGGAUUCAAAGGGAUGGAAGGUUUUUUAUAUUAUUUUAUUCUUAUUUUAUUUGUUUUUAGGGGCAAACACUUUCUUCUUUGUAAAAGGCAACAACAACAUAUGCCUUCAUUCUUUGCAAACCUUUUAUGACCAGGUAUUCUUAUGAAUAUCGUUACAGACUCAAGAGUGACUGAUAUUCUUCGUCAAUUCCAUCGCCUUGUUUCUAUGGAAGUUUGAACGGGAAUUAUGAAAUCGCUGACACAGUUUUCAAUGUCUUUCUCUUGUUCUUUAUUUUUUUUUUUUAAAAAAAGUCGUAAACGAGUCAAUUUCUACGUUUAAAGAUACCAUGCCGUUCAAUAUGUUUGUGGUUUUUUCUUAUAACACUAUGUGAUCAACGCUUUUGUAUUACGCUUUACUAUUUAUGAUAUGCUUAGUUAUGCUUAGUAUAGGAUCUUUAUUUUUAUUGUUAUUUCUCUGACUCUCAUUAUGUUCAUUAACUUUCUACCUGUAGAAAAGAAUCUUGUAAAAUCACAGUGAUGACUAAUCCUUUUGUAGGUUAACGCUCUCUAAUAUAAAUCAUCAUUUUCAUUUCCAUUUUGAAUUAAAUUUUUUCUUUUCUUUUUUCUUUUCUUCUUCUACUUUCUUUCCGCCUUACCAUCCAAAUAUCUCGCUUUA